AUGUCCGGUUACGGCAAAGAUUCCGGUGGUGGUGAAGGUAGUUAUUCAAGUAAUGAUUAUCAUUCAGGACGGUCAGGUGGUAGUCGAAAUAGUUAUGAUAAUAACAGUGGACAAAAAAGAACUUCUGAUUAUAAUUCACGUGGCGGUGGAGGUUCUGGAAGCGGCGGUGGCUACAAUCGUAGUCGAAAUGAUUAUCAAAGUAGCAAUGAUGAUAGUGGUAGUGGUGGAUAUAAUCGUGGUCGCAACGACUAUCAAAAUGAUGAUAAAGGUAGCAGUGGAUAUAAUCGUGGUCGAAAUGACUACCACAAUGAUAAUGGUGGUGGUGGCUACGGUGGAGAUGAUCAGCGUAUGGAAACGCAACGAGAUACAAUUUUUAUUCAGAAUUUACCACGCAACGUAACUAGUGAAGAACUUAGAGACGUAUUCAGUCAAAUUGGAGUAAUUAAAAAUGAUAAAAAAACAGGUGCACCGAAAAUUUGGAUUUAUAAAGACAAGGCAACUGGAGAAGGUAAAGGGGAAGCAACAAUUACAUAUGAAGAUGAAGAAGCAGCACAAGCUGCUAUUAAUUGGUAUAAUGACAAAGAAGUUCUCUCAAAUAUUGUUAAAAUCUCAUUAGCCACUCGGCGUGCUUCUGCUUUUGGUGGUCGAGGUGGAUUUCGUGGUCGUGGUGGAUUCCGUGGUCGAGGAGGAGGAGGAGGAGGUGGUGGUGGCGGUGGUGCCAGUGGAGGUGGUGGUGAUUAUGGAGGUUAUCGCGGUGGAGAUCGUGGCGGUGAUUAUCGAGGUGGUGGCGGAGACUAUCGUGGUAGUGGUCGUGGUGCAAGCCAUGGUUCAAGCAGAGACAAUCGCUCUAAUCCAUAUUAA